AAGAGAAAAAAAAUUGUAAUCUAUUUAGGGACGGAGGUAAUAUAUAGUACGAACGAGUAUAACCCACUCCCACUACUCACUCACUACACACACCUACUGAAUCACUGGCUCCCUUUCCCUUUGCUCCCCCGUCUAAAUUAAAACUUCUCUCCCACUACGCCUAAAUUAAUGGAGGACGGUGGCGGAGUAUCAUACCAUUCUCGCCUCCGUUUAGCGAUUCCUUUUUUCUUAUCCGGACUUUUAUGGAUCUUACCACCGGCAAUGGCAUCUUCGUUUGGGAUCAACUACGGCCAGGUGGCAAACAAUCUGCCUCCUCCGGAGAAGGUGGUGCCGCUAGUGAAAGCCGUCGGAGCCACCAGGCUGAAGCUCUACGACGCGGAUCCCAAAGUGCUCAAGGCUUUCGCCAACACAAGCGUGGAGUUCGUUGUGAGCAUCCCCAACGAGGACCUGGCCGGAAUCAGAGAUCCGGCCAAGGCCGAAGCUUGGGUGAAGCAGAACGUGGAGGCGUACUUGCCGGCGACCAGAAUCGCCUGCAUCGCCGUCGGAAAUGAAGUCCUCACCCUCAACGACACCGCCCUCUCCGGCAACCUGCUCCCGGCGAUGCAGAGCAUCCACACAGCCCUCGUGAAUCUGGGCCUGGACGCCAAAGUCAAAGUCACCACCGCGCAUUCGCUGGCCGUGCUCGAGACCUCGUAUCCGCCCUCCGCCGGGUCAUUCCGGCCAGAUCUGGUCAAAUGCAUCUGCAGGAUCCUGGAAUUCCAUUCCAAAACCGGGUCGCCGUUUCUGAUCAACGCCUACCCGUAUUUCGCGUACAAGGCUAAUCCGAAGCAGGUGUCCCUCGAUUUCGUGCUCUUCCAGCCCAACGACGGGAUCGUCGACCCCAAAACCAAUCUCCACUAUGACAAUAUGCUGUUUGCCCAGAUCGAUGCGGUCCACUCGGCGCUGGGGCCGCUGGGGUACAGGAACGUGUGCGUCCAGAUCUCGGAGACCGGGUGGCCGUCGAAGGGGGACGCGGACGAGGCCGGAGCUACGCCGGAGAACGCCAGGAAGUACAACUGCAACCUUAUGCAUCUGGUGACUCAGAAGAAGGGAACUCCGAUGCGGCCCCAAGAAGAACUGAACAUCUUCGUGUUCGCCAUGUUCAACGAGAACUUGAAGCCCGGGCCGGCUUCAGAGCGCAACUACGGCCUGUUCGAGCCUGACGGAACUCCGGCAUAUUUUCUCGGUAUCACCAUCAGUACCAACACCACCGGCGGUUCUGGAGGUAGUACUGCUACCGGGAAUAAUAGCCCACCGGCAUUCCUGCCGCCGCCGUCAACUUCAUCUCCACCGGAUCCCUCGGCUUCGGGAUAUCUGUCCAUUUCUUCAGAUUCGGUUCGUCUUCUUAAGCUUUGCUCUAGAGUCAGAGUCAUCCUAGGUGCAAUUUUACUUCAUCAAGUUUUGUCCUGAUAUGUGUGAAACUAUGUCGCUCAGAAUAAAAGCAGAUAAUGACUUGGUGGGAAUGUUAGAUGUUUUUCUUUCCUCCAUUAAGUGCUUUACUUUUUGGUCCAUUCUUGAUGUAGAUUAUUAUGACACCAAACAAGAGUUCAUCAAUUUGCUGGUUGAGUUUUGUUUAUAAAUGGCUCAAGGAUGA